AUGAAUCACAACCGCCGGAAGAAAGACAUCUCUUGUUCUUCGAUGGGAAGAUGGAGGGGGUAUGUUGUUAUAGUCGGCGGUAUACUGGUACAUCUCUCUCUUGGCACGGUAUACACAUUUGGAAACAUGACGCCAUAUAUGACAUCAUAUAUGAGGAAGAAGGCGGUUUCUCCCGAACUGACGUAUGCCGACAGUCUGUGGAUCUCUGCAGUAGCAACAAUGGGACAAGGCGCCAGUGUUUUCAUUGGGGGGUUAGUACAGAGGAAGCUGGGCACUAGGCUUACUACAUUACUUGGUGGAUGGAUAUCAAGUGGCGGUGUGCUUUUGACUUACUUCACAAUAAAGACGUCCUUCGGUCUGACAGCUCUCACCUAUGGCGGAUUGUUUGGGUUCGGAGUGGGCAUCGCCUACGCUGCUCCGAUGGGAUGUGGCAUGAAGUGGCUGCCUGAUAAAAAGGGACUCGUCAACGGUCUUGUUGUAGCUGGGUUCGGAGGAGGAGCCUUUGUAUUUGAUCAGGUGCAGACUGCGUAUCUCAAUCCCGACAACCUUGUUGCCAACAAAGAAGUUAAUAAUGACAAAUACUUUGACCAAGACAGCAUACUGGACAAAGUUCCCUCAAUGUUCUUGGUGCUUGGAGGGUGUUACGCAGCUAUGCAAGUUAUUGGGGUUAUCUGUUUGAAAGAUCCACCAGCUGAUAUGUCUGAGCAGAUCAAUCGUAAUGAGGAGGAAACACAGCUUGUAGCAUCGACAACAAGCGUUGACGUAAGAGAUACGGACUCAACUCCAGGACAGGUUCUCCAGAGGAAAUCCUUCUACAUGCUGUGGUUCCUCUAUCUGUUCAAUGGACAAGGGAUCCAGUUCAUAUCAUCUCUGUACAAGACAUAUGGACAAACGUUUAUAAAAGAUGACCGGUUUUUAGCUGUCGUUGGCUCUCUGGCAGCUGUGUGUAAUGGCGGAGGACGGAUUCUGUGGGGCUACCUUGCAGAUAAGUUUUGUUUUAAGGUAGCGUCAAUGCUGUCCUGUGGGGUGUUUUGUGUGUGUAUGCUUACAUUCUCCCUGACAGAAAGGUUGGGUCCCGCUGCUUUCCUAGUUUAUAUUUGCAUCCUGUUCCUCUCCUUCUCUGGGAAUUUCUCACUUCUUCCGACUGCUACAGCGAAAUGUUUUGGACAAAAAUACUACGCUAUCAACUAUGGCUUUGUUUUCACAGCUUCGAUCGUCACUAGCCCCCUAGGCGUGGUGCUUACAUCGAAUCUACAGAACACGUUAGGCUGGUAUGGACUAUUUUUCAUGGUGGCAGCAUUUUCAUUCACAAUUUCAGCAGCGAGCAUUCUCCCAGGGGACACACCUGCCUUCCCAGUAUGUGUAUAUUACAAAUGUGCAUGUUGGGGAUGGGGCACAGAGAGCGACACCGCAGACCUCAUGAAGUGUCAGUAUGCACCAAUGAAUGAGAGAAUCAGUGGUAAAUCUCUCUGCACGGUCUCCCUGGGUAUCAUGGGAAUCCUACCUGUUGUAAUUGUGAAUGGCAGGUUCCAACUCGGUAUGAAUUCUAUGGAGAAAGUCCGUACGGAGGACAAUGGUGUGCUCGGAGAAAGUCCGUACGGAGGACACUGGUGUGCUCGGAGAAAGUCCUUACGGAGGACACUGGUGUGCUCGGAGAAAGUCCGUACGGAGGACCCGAGAUUUCACCAAGCAAAAAUUGUGAAUGGCAGGUCCCAACUCGGUAUGAAUUCUAUGGAGAAAGUCCGUACGGAGGACAAUGGUGUGCUCGGAGAAAGUCCGUACGGAGGACACUGGUGUGCUCGGAGAAAGUCCUUACGGAGGACACUGGUGUGCUCGGAGAAAGUCCGUACGGAGGACCCGAGAUUUCACCAAGCAAAAAUUGUGAAUGGCAGGCCCCAACUCGGUAUGAAUUCUAUGGAGAAAGUCCGUACGGAGGACAAUGGUGUGCUCGGAGAAAGUCCGUACGGAGGACACUGGUGUGCUCGGAGAAAGUCCUUACGGAGGACACUGGUGUGCUCGGAGAAAGUCCGUACGGAGGACCCGAGAUUUCACCAAGCAAAAAUUGUGAAUGGCAGGUCCCAACUCGGUAUGAAUUCUAUGGAGAAAGUCCGUACGGAGGACAAUGGUGUGCUCGGAGAAAGUCCGUACGGAGGACAAUGGUGUGCUCGGAGAAAGUCCGUACGGAGGACACUGGUGUGCUCGGAGAAAGUCCUUACGGAGGACACUGGUGUGCUCGGAGAAAGUCCGUACGGAGGACCCGAGAUUUCACCAAGCAAAGUAUAUGAAUAUGUGAUAUUAUCCUCUGGUCUACUAGAAUUGUGA